AUGCAGUCACGAACCAGCCGGCUGGUAGCCUUGGCUAUCGGCUCGUUUGUCUUUGUCUGUAUCUUGACUCUCAACUACGGUACCUCUGCCUAUCGUCGAACCAACCAGUACCCUACCCAGCUUAACAACGCAAAACGCGCAUCUGAAGAACAAUCAUGGAUUGACACCAUCAAGCUCAGUCCCGCUCACCAGAACCCAGCCAAGGCACCUCACGUUGCUACUCCAGAGGACGUGGAGUUUGAUUCAUUGCUCGAGUCUACCACCGACGUCUACUGCCACAAUGCCGAUCCUCUUCACGGAACACUGCCAUGCCAGGCUGGUUAUGGCUCUUGCGCAAUCACCGGCUCCCCCUCCUGUGCACAGGGCAGUGGAAGCUCCAAAGGAAGAACCAUCGGAUACUACCAGUCAUGGAAUGCUAGGACCCGACUCUGCAACAGGGUCACGCCGAAGCAGCUUGACACGAACGGCUACACCCAUCUCUUCUUUUCGUUCGCUUUCAUUGACCCAGCCGCGUUCACCAUAGCUACGGCUCACCCUGACGAUGUUCUGCUGAUGAAAGAGUUUACGGACCUCUCCAAAGACGGAAAGCUGCAGACUUGGAUCGCCAUCGGAGGCUUUGACAUGAGCAAUCCGGAAGCCGCAACGCACAAGACUUGGAGUGAGAUGGUGGCAUCCAAAGAGAACAGAGCUGCUUUCAUUGCUUCUGUCAAGACCUACAUGGAUACACACGGGUUCCAAGGAGUUGACCUGGACUGGGAGUACCCUGGCGCACCUGAACGAGGCGGCAACAAGCUUGCUGAUACCAGAAAUCUCGCCCUUCUGGUCAAAGAGAUGCGAGCUGCGUACGGCACCGCCUAUGGCAUCAGUCUUACGUUAGCUCCUGACUACUGGUAUCUGAGGUGGUUUGAUGCAAAGGCAAUGGAGCCUUACGUCGACUUUUUUGGCUUCAUGGCAUAUGAUCUGCACGGCUCUUGGGACGCCGAUGUCCUGGCUCUUGGCAAGAAGGUUCGAGGCCAAGCGGAUAUACAGGAGAUUUCCAAGAAUACCGUGCCUCUUUGGUUCGACGGCCUGAAUCCCGCAAAGCUCAACUUCGGUCUUGCUAUGUACGGCCGCGGCUACACGCUUGCAGACCCUUCCUGCAGCGAUCUUCUCUGCCCGUUUUCGGGCCCAAGCAACCCAGCGCCAUGCACUAACUUCGAAGGUGUUAUGUCCUUGGUCGAGAUUGAGCAGCUGAUCAAGAGGCGCAACAUCAAGCCAAAGUAUCUUGCCGACUCGAUGAUGAAGCAGAUUACUUGGGACGACCAGUGGAUUGGAUACGAUGACGAGGAGACAUUUGCAGCAAAGAGGGCCUUUGCUGAUGGUCUUUGUUUUGGUGGCACCAUGAUUUGGUCUAUUGACUUCCAAGUUCCUGGCUCAGGAGGGCAAGUAUUUCAGAAUCUCCUCCAUUCAAUCAGUCUAACCAUUUGCAGGCCAGAUGAUGAUCCAGAAGUUGUUUUUCUGGCCCCCGAAGUGUAUUCCGGCACUCCCGCUCAAUGCACAGGACCUUGUCAGCUGGUGUUGCCCCCGAGAGCACUACCGUCCACCACCACCAUCACAAUCCCAUCCUACACGACAUCUGUCGUGAUCGCGCCAGAUCUUACGACGACCCUUACGAUUCAGAUUCCGCCCAUUGUAACACAGUCGAUGGAUUACUAUAAUGUCAACGUCACCUCUGGCCAAGCUGAUUCCAGCACAAUCGUACCUCUGCCCAGCAUCAGCAUCGAGCCUGUUGUCACGACCUUCACUCUUCCAGGAGGUCUGACUCAGGUUAGGACCCUCGUGAUCCCUCCUUGGCCCUCUGUAACAGAAGGUCCUCCCGCUCAAUGGACUUCAAAGGAUCCAAGCCAGGGGCAAUCAGGCUUCCCCAUCAUCACAGUCCCGCCAGCGGGACCACCCAUAAUAACCGAACUCCCUUCCACAAGCAAGACACCGUUCACAUGGGACACUGAUGAUAAUUCUGAGCCCACAGGUACAUGGCCCGAGGUGAUUUCGGUCGUACCGGUCGAGACCGACGUGCCCGACAACGGUGAAGAUGACGACGGCGAAGGCCCCAAGCACAAGAGCACGUGUAAAGUUUGGUUUUUCUGGAUAUGCGUUACGUGGGAUGAUCUCGACAUACAUAUCGGUGGUUUGGAAUGGAUCAUUCCGCCCGGUAUCUGGGGACCAGGCCCCCCGCCUCCAUUGAGGUUCCCACCCAACAUCAACAUCAUCGGCCCGCUUCCCCCUUGGCCUAAGAUCACUGUUCAUCCCGGUGGGAGUAUCGAGGCUCCGCCAAAGCCCGCCUCUUGCACGCCCGCGGAAGCUUCGCUCUGCAUUACAACCAGCUCCUUCGCUACGUCUGUGUCCGCUGGCACAACGAAGACCACAGCCACGCAGGUCAAAUCUCGAUGUGCUACAAUUACAGGCUGCAAUCUCCAAGACGUUGAAGCUACGAAGACAGCGAAUGCCUGCAAGCUUACGCGCAGAGCCAUGCAGCUCCCGGAUCUUCCAGAGGCGACUCGCACACCGGAGAAGCGACUUCUUGUGAAGCGUUCCGAGCCGGAUUGGUGCAACGAGCAAGACGGGACCGAUGGUUUCCUUCUUUUGACGGCGCCGUUUUCAUCCACAAGUCGAGCCAUUGUCGAAGGCGUCCUCGAGCGACGUAAUGCAGCUCUCGAGAAAAAGAAAAUGAAGACAGGCUUUGAGAUAAUUCAAGCGAAACAAAUGGGCUUCACCGCAUUCAUUCACGUUACCAACCUAGGUCCUCUGGCCUUUGACUACUUCAAUUCUGACGAAAUUAACGAGGUUGGGCGUGCUUAUAGAAUGCCGUCUGCGACCUCGUCAACGGGCAAGCGAGAUGAGUUUGAAGACUUGGAAGAUGGAAGCUUUGCAGCAAUCCAAGAGCGGCGACCUUCGAGUCACAACAUCACACUAGCACCUGUCCAGCUCGCGUCAGGUACCUCCAAAACAAAGAGAUUCGAAGGCAACGACGCUUACUGGCAUCUGUCUCAAAUUUCCUGGCCACCCAACAGAUACUGGUUCCAAAAGAAUGGCGAGCACAAUCCAGAUGAUGCCAAGUAUACCUACCAAUUCGCUUCGAGCGAAGGUGAGGGCCAAACGAUCUACAUCAUCGAAGGCGGGUGGAGGGGACAUGUUGCAGCGGACUUCAUAAAGCAAGCAGAACCUCUCACCGUGGGUAGUUGGCGUCCGGCGCGCGAGCCCAGCACCUUCGAAACCGAGCAUGGGCAUCUGGUAGCAAACUAUGCCGUUGGCUCCAAAGUGGGCAUUGCGAGAAAAGCCAACCUCGUGUUUGUGCCACGCGGACCUCCAGGAUUACGUGCAGAGGGCUUCUUGGAAGCUCUUACGCUCAUCUGUAACGACUUCACAGAUGAAGACACAGAAGAAGAGAAGCGAAAGCCGAAACCUAGGAACUCAGGCGUGGUGAAUGUGUCCGGUGGCUUUGCGAAGGAUAGGAGGGAUCCUCUCACCCAGUAUAUUGUUAUGCUGAUGAAGAGCAUGGAACGCAGCUACGGAAUUACCUUUGUUGUUGCCGCUGGAAAUCAAGGCCAAGAUGACCCUACAACUGUCCCAGGAAUCUUAGUCAAGGAGCUGGACGGGGCCUUUCUUGUUGGCUACCUCAAUAAUGCAGGCUGGUGGGUUGACAGCAACGCGGGCGACACAUGGGCCCCAGGUGAGGAGCUACCUCUUCCUCCAGACGAAGUAUUUGUGUCGCCGCAAUUCUCAGAAGGCACCGCUACUGGAUCAUCAUUUGCCGCUCCGCUGGUUGCAGGUCUCGUCGCCUACAUAAGAGGAAUGCAUCUCAACCUGCCCGAACUGGGGGAGGAUCCCAAAUCCAUCAAAGCCAUCAUCCAGCAAGUGUCACGACCUCUCCCUCUCACAGAAGAUGAAGAAAAUUUGGAACAGAAAGAGAAGAUGGUCUGGAACCUUGCCGAUCCAUUCGAACAGUGUGGCAGCUCUGGAAAGAGAGGGCUUUCCAGUCGACAGGCAGCCUGCCCAAUUCCCAACUUGCCCGGGGGUGGAAACAAUCCUGCGCCCCAAGGUCCUCGCGUCACGUACAAGCCGGGCCCGCCGGCGCCUCUCUGCACGGCAAACUGCGGCCAUCUCUGCUCUGGAUAUUACUGCAGUCCAAACCCAACUGGCACGCCACCAGACUUUGCUCCACCAUGGGAAACCUCGCGCCCGACCAACACCAGGCCAGCUGAGAGUGGCGGAUUCGGAGGUGGGUUGACCAACCUGCCGACAUUGACACCGGCACCGACAGCAGCGCCUCCUGGGCAAGUAUGUCUGUCGUCAACAACUGCCACGCUGUGCAACGGAGGACCCCGAGGCGGUGUUUGCGUGACUUCGACGUCCUGCGCCAGCUUUGGCACGACUACCUCGAGCAUAUUCCAUCUACCCGACCUCCCAACACUCGGCCCAGCCCCGAGCCCGUCGGGCGGCACGUGUAUCAAGAGCGAGACUUGGACCAUCACCGGCGGCCCUCACGGUGAAGCCACCAUCACAACUGCUGGAUGUGCGACGUGGCAGGUCCCAGGUCCAACGCCUGCGCCAGCGCCACCAGCGCCGCCAGCUCCCGCACCGAAACCACGUUGCAUGGCCGCUCACGUCUACAUGAGCAACUGCGCGUUCCAGCCGGACAGCGUCAAUGUCCAGAUUUGGGAGAACGGCGUGGAAGUCUGCCGGACGGGCGGCGGGAAACACUGGGCAAGCGACCAGACCGUCUUCGAGCUCGAGUGCGACAACGGCGCCAAGGCCGUUGUCAAGAACAACGCGAGGUCUUUUGAGUAUACUGCGGCAGACGGCUGGAAGCCUGAAAUUUUCAGCGUCGACUACAGCUACGAAUCCACAGUGUGCUAUCAAAUUGAAAACAAGACAAUCAAGGGCUCGGAUAUGGAGAGUACUUGGGGCGGUGGUAACUGCGGCCUGUGCAAGGCACCCUCAAUGUGUGGGCUUUACACCUGCAAGAAAAACGACGUUAGCUGUAGCUCCUAG